CACACUGAACAAUUGUUUGGAAACAGCGUAAAGUUAAUGUGAUUUUGUAUAUGAAAUUUAGUGCAGUUUCAAACAGAAAAACAAAUAAAAUAUAUUUUAUUACUCACCUUAGUGUUAACAUUGCAUGCAUUAGGUACAUAUAUUCAUAUGUACAUAAUAACUAGAUUUCGAAUAUAUCUGCAUAUGCGGUACUACUGACAGCAAGACCUUACCUAAAAGAGUGCCGGAUUUGGAUUACAAUUUCCAAGAAAGUUCUAUGAAACACGCAGUUGGACAAUCUCUGCGCCCGUCCAUUUAAAUCCAUUUCAAAUCUCAGCUGAGUAUUCAUUAUGGAGAUUCAACAGCUUGAAAUUCUAUGUAAACAGCUAUACGAGGCUACAGAUGCCAGUAUACGUGCUGAAGCGGAAAAGGCAUUGGUAACAUUCGUUAAUAGCCAAGAUGCUUUGCCCAAGUGCCAAUUGUUAUUGGAUCGCGCCGAUUCGAGUUACGCCCAAUUGCUGGCCGCCUCGACUCUGACAAAACUCAUACAGGGACUCACUUUGGAGCAGCGUAUUGAUAUACGUAGCUAUGCACUAAACUACUUGGCCACUAGACCAAAUCUACAGCACUUUGUGAUCCAGGCAUUAGUCACACUUUUGGCUAAAACAACAAAAUAUGGUUGGUUCGACUCGUACAAGGGCGAAUUGAUCUUUCAAAAUUUACUAGAAGAUGUCAAAAAAUUCUUGCAGGGCUCUGUGGAGCAUUGCACGAUUGGAGUCCAAAUACUGUCUCAGCUGGUGUCCGAAAUGAAUUCCAUUGUAGAGUUAGAUGUUCAUUUGUCGUUCUCAAAGAACCGAAAGAUAGCCACCUCAUAUCGAGAUCAGCAGUUAUAUGAUACAUUCUUAUUGUCCUGCUCCUUGUUGAUAACGGCACGGGACAACAAUAAAAAUCUUCUUAUGGAUGAACCACAACAGGCGCUUAUUUCACAUGUAUUGCGCUUGACAAAAAACUGCUUGAGCUUCGACUUUAUUGGCAGCUCCACAGAUGAAUCUGCCGAUGAUAUGAACAAUGUUCAGAUUCCUACAGCGUGGCGUCCAGCUUUUUUGGAUCCAAAUACAUUGAAAUUGUUCUUUGAUCUAUAUCAAAUACUGCCAAAUGGCCUGGCGAGUUUUUCUCUAUCGUGUUUAGUCCAAAUGACAUCUGUGCGUCGAUCAUUGUUUAGUAACUCAGAGAGAACUAAAUUUCUUACACAUCUGGUUGAAGGUGUUAAAAACAUACUGACUAAUUUACAUGGUCUUAGUGACCCGGAUAAUUACCAUGAAUUCUGCCGUUUGCUAGCACGUCUAAAGUCCAAUUAUCAGCUGGGAGAACUCAUUGCUGUUCCUUGCUAUCCAGAAGCUAUUGAAUUAAUUGCAAAAUUCACAGUUCAAUCAUUACAUAUGUGGCUUUUUGCACCGAACAGUGUGCAUUACUUGCUUACCCUGUGGCAGCGCAUGGUGGCAUCCGUUCCGUAUGUCAAGUCACCCGAUCCACAUUUACUUGGCACAUACACACCAGAGGUAAUAAAGGCUUACAUUGAAUCACGUCUGGACGCUGUGCCAGUAAUUGUACGGGAUAAUCUGGAGGAUCCAUUAGAUGACCUCUGCAUGGUACAGCAACAGCUUGAGCAGCUAUCAGUUAUUGAGCGCUGCGAAUAUAAUAAGACUUGCAAUCUCCUUGUGCAACACUUUGAUCAAAAGGCACGGGAAUAUGAGAAUCUGGUGCAGAAUCCAAAUGCUAAUUCCAUAGAUAUUACCGUACAUGAGUUGCAAUUGACCUGGCUGGUCUACAUUAUCGGUUCGGCCAUAGUGGGCAGGCUGUCUGUGACAACUAGCGAUGAGCAUGACACAAUGGAUGCAGAGCUAGUUAUCCGUGUAUUACAGCUAAUGAGUUUAACCGAUGCCCGUCUGCCGCAGGCUGGCUGCGAGAAGCUCGAAUUGGCCGUUCUCAGCUUUUUAGAUCAGGUCCGCAAAAUGCAUAGCAGUGAGCAAGCGCAAAAGGCAAAUGUAUACAAAAGACUCAGUGAAGUGUUUGGACUAAGCGAUGAACAAAUGCUGCUAAGCUUCAUAAACCGCAAAAUCAUCACCAAUUUAAAAUUCUGGGGCCGCUCUGAACAGAUUAUCACAAAAACUUUGAUGUUACUAUCUGAUCUCUCUGUGCACUUUAAUUCUGUUCGCAAGUUGGCUCGUUUAGAGGAAGUUCAGUUCAUGUUGACACAUCACACAAGCGAUCAUUUUCCAUUUUUGGGCACAAAUUCGUCCUUAAGUGAAAUGCGCUGUCGUACCAUGUUCUAUACAUCAUUGGGCCGUUUGUUAAUGUUUGAUUUGGGGGAGGAUGAGGAGCGUUUCUACAACUUUUUGACACCAUUAACAAAUCAGUUCGAAUCCCUCGGCUCUGUACUAAUGGAUACAAAUAGUUUUCCAAAUGAUGAGGCUAAAAAGGCAAUUAUUGGACUAGCACGCGAUCUCCGGGGAUUAGCCUUACCGCUUAAUGCGCGCAUUCAGUAUACUAUGCUCUUCGAGUGGCUAUACUACACAGACUACUUGCCCAUAUUGUUAAGGGCCGUUGAGCUCUGGGCCCAUGAUCCGGCCGUAACAACGCCCGUUUUAAAGCUAUUUGCCGAGCUGGUGCAUUGUCGCACACAGCGUUUGGCUGGCAACGUUUCCAGUCCGAUGGGUAUUCUACUCUUUCGCGAGGCAUCGAAACUUAUCUGUAUUUAUGGCAAUCGCAUUCUGCAUCUGGAAGUGCCGCGUGAUCAACUUUAUCCUAUGAGACUAAAAGGAAUAGCAAUAUGUUUUUUGAUAUUGAAAAAUUCACUUGGUGGCAAUUAUGUUAAUUGUGGUGUAUUUAAAUUAUAUGGAGAUGAUACCUUAGACAAUGUUCUCAAAAUCAUUGCUAAAUUAAUACUCUCGAUACAACAAACUGAUUUGCUAGAAUACCCAAAAUUGUCAUCUGCAUAUUACAAUUUAUUAAAUUGUUUAUCUCAAGAUCAUGUCACAUACCUAGCAAGUUUGGAACCUUGUGCAUUUGUAUAUAUAUUAGAAAGCCUGACAAAGGGUCUCGCUGCAUUGGAUUCGGCAAUUUAUAUCAGCUGUUGUACAAUUUUGGAUAGUAUUGUCUCAUACAUAUUCAAACAGCUUCAGUUAAAAGUUUCCACAUUCCCAAAUAAGAAACUACGAAGUUUGACCAGCGAAAACGCACAAUUCCUUAAGGUUGUUGAAAUGAAUUCCGAACUGCUGCAGUCAAUGAUGUCAUCUCUAUUGAACAAUGUACUGGCUGAGGACUGUCGGAACCAAUGGUCAAUGUCACGUCCACUCCUGGUACUUAUAUUACUAUACGAGGAUUAUUAUCGAUCCCUCAAGGAGAGUAUUAUACGAGGACAACCUGUCGAGAAGCAACAAACGAUGGCACAAUGGUUUGAUGACCUGAUGCUUGGUAUAGAACGAAAUGUAUCCAGUAAAAAUAAAGAGAAAUUUACACAAAAUUUGUUAACUUUCCGUCGCGACGUUGUGAAUUUGCCAAAGACUACAGCAUAUUCGGCAGAUAAUUCAUAUCCAACGUAUACCGAAACGAACUAUUCGAUAUCUGUCUAAAUGGGAUAAUUAUUAUUGCUAGUAAUGUGACGACCAUGUUCGGAAGGAGCUCGUAAUAUUUUACAAAACUACUAAAUGUUUUUAUACAAAUAUUUAUGUAAAUAUAUUAUACAAUUAAUCAUAAGGAAUAUAUUUUGACUGUAGGCUCAAAGAGAAUAAUAAUGCCGUCUUUAUAAGUCGAAUGAGAAAUAUACAUCUAUAUCAGCGCUGCGUGUGUUA